CUCCGACCGACAGUCUUGAGACCAGCAUAUGGCGCAUGUUUGAACAAUAGAAGUUACUGGAAUUAUCAAAAAUACGCGAAUUUAUGCCUACCAUGACCGACACCACCGGUUUAGCGGAGUUGGCUCACCGAGAAUACCAAGCCGGUGACUAUGAACAGUCCGAGCGUCACUGCAUGCAAUUAUGGAAGCAGGAACCCGAAAAUACAAGCGUUUUACUGCUUCUCAGCUCAAUUCAUUUUCAAUGUCGAAGGCUGGACAAAUCAGCUCACUUCAGUACACUGGCUAUAAAACAGAACCCAAUGCUUGCUGAAGCUUACUCAAAUCUAGGUAAUGUAUUCAAAGAAAGAGGACAGUUGCAGGAAGCAUUGGAGAAUUACAGACACGCAGUCAGACUCAAACCAGAUUUCAUUGAUGGCUAUAUCAACCUGGCUGCAGCUCUCGUCACAUCUGGAGAUAUGGAGGGAGCUGUCCAGGCUUAUUGUUCAGCAUUACAAUACAAUCCAGAUCUGUACUGCGUGCGGAGUGAUCUUGGAAAUUUAUUGAAAGCACUGGGACGACUUGACGAAGCCAAGGCUUGUUAUCUGAAAGCUAUAGAAACGCAGCCCAACUUUGCUGUUGCAUGGAGUAACCUUGGAUGUGUGUUCAAUGCACAAGGAGAAAUCUGGCUUGCAAUUCAUCACUUUGAGAAGGCAGUGCAGUUGGAUCCAAAUUUCUUAGAUGCUUACAUUAAUUUGGGGAAUGUGUUAAAAGAGGCCAGAAUUUUUGAUCGAGCUGUUGCUGCAUAUCUGCGGGCAUUGCAACUCAGUCCAAAUCAUGCAGUUGUCCAUGGCAACUUAGCAUGUGUCUACUAUGAACAAGGGUUGAUUGAUUUGGCCAUUGAUACUUACAGACGUGCUAUAGAACUGCAACCACACUUUCCUGAUGCUUAUUGUAAUUUAGCUAAUGCACUCAAAGAGCAAGGCAAAGUCACAGAAGCUGAAGAAUGUUACAAUACAGCACUUACACUUUGUCCAACACAUGCAGACUCGCUAAAUAACUUAGCUAAUAUAAAAAGGGAGCAAGGUAAUACAGAGGAGGCUGUCAGGUUAUACUGUAAAGCACUUGAGGUAUUCCCAGAGUUUGCGGCAGCACAUUCAAACCUCGCAAGUGUUCUACAACAACAAGGUAAACUGCAGGAAGCUCUUAUGCAUUACAAAGAAGCCAUCAGAAUUUCCCCAACAUUUGCUGAUGCCUACUCCAAUAUGGGUAACACACUGAAGGAGAUGCAGGAUAUACAAGGGGCAUUACAAUGUUACACCAGAGCGAUACAAAUCAACCCAGCAUUUGCUGAUGCCCAUAGUAAUUUAGCUUCUAUACACAAGGACUCUGGUAAUAUACCUGAAGCAAUAGAGUCUUACAAAACUGCUUUGAAGCUCAAACCUGAAUUUCCAGAUGCAUAUUGUAAUUUAGCACACUGCCUUCAAAUCGUUUGUGACUGGACUGAUUAUGAAGCACGUAUGAAGAAGUUAGUAGCAAUAGUAGCCGAUCAGUUAGAUAAAAACAGACUUCCAUCAGUUCAUCCGCACCAUAGCAUGCUAUAUCCAUUAUCACAUUCUUUUCGUAAGGCAAUUGCUGCAAGGCAUGGUAAUCUGUGUCUAGAAAAAAUAAAUGUUUUACACAAACCACCUUAUACUCAUUCAACUGAUCUGAGUGCCAGUGGAGGUCGUCUACGUAUUGGUUAUGUGAGUUCCGACUUUGGUAAUCAUCCCACGUCGCAUCUUAUGCAGAGUAUACCAGGAAUGCAUUCAAGGGAAAACGUAGAGGUGUUUUGUUACGCUCUCAGUGCGGACGAUAACACAACAUUCAGAAGUAAGAUUGCUAACGAAUCAGAACAUUUUGUUGACCUCUCGCAGAUUCCAUGUAAUGGUAAAGCUGCAGAUCGCAUCAAUACAGAUGGCAUCCAUAUUCUCAUCAACAUGAAUGGUUAUACAAAAGGAGCCAGAAAUGAAAUUUUUGCAUUGAGGCCAGCACCAAUACAGGUGAUGUGGUUGGGCUAUCCUGGAACUAGUGGGGCGCCGUUCAUGGACUAUAUCAUCACAGACAAAGUCACAUCACCAUACAGACUGAAAGAACAACAUUCAGAAAAGCUUGCCUACAUGCCCAACACGUUCUUUAUCGGUGACCAUGCACAGAUGUUUCCUCAUCUCAAGGAAAGGAUAAUUAUAGAAAGUGCUGAAGGAAAGAGAGCUGAUAAUGUGUCUAUUGUGAACGGUGUCAAUCUUAAACCUAUUGUACAAACUGUAGUGGAGAAAAUGAAUGAUGAGCCAGUUAUCAUGAAUGGUGACCAUUUACCACUGGAGAAAGAUGAGUCUGGAACAACUAUUUUGGAAUUGCCCACGACGACAGCUGUACAUACCAUGGUGAAAGAAGGUCAUAUUCAAACGACUGUGGCAGGUGUUGUUGUGCAGAAUGGCUUAGCUACUAACCAGGUAAAUAACAAGGCAGCUACAGGUGAAGAAGUCCCCAAAGCUAUAAUUGUUACAACAAGAACGCAGUAUGGUUUACCGGAAAAUGCAGUUGUAUAUUGUAACUUCAACCAAUUAUAUAAAAUAGAUCCAGCAACGCUUCAAAUGUGGUGUGCUAUUUUGAAAAGAGUUCCCCAAUCUGUACUUUGGCUGUUGAAGUUUCCUUCAGUGGGUGAACCAAACAUCCAUCGAGUAGCACAACAGUUGGGUGUGACAUCUAAUCGUAUCAUCUUCUCACCGGUGGCACCAAAAGAAGAACAUGAGAGAGGCCAACUUGCUGAUGUUUGUUUAGACACACCACUGUGUAAUGGCCAUACAACUGGUAUGGAUGUACUAUGGGCAGGCACUCCUAUGAUUACUUUACCAGGGGAGACAUUGGCUGCUAGAGUUGCUGCAUCACAAUUACAUGCAGCGGGAUGUUCAGAGUUAGUUGCUAGUACAAGGCAAGAUUAUGAAGACAUAGCUGUGAGACUGGGCACUGAUAGAGCAUAUUUAAAAACAAUCAGGACGAAAGUUUGGAAGGCAAGAACAAUGUCUUCGAUAUUUAACUGCCGGGCUUAUGCUUCCGAUCUUGAAGCCUUAUUCAGGAAAAUGUGGGCAAGAACAUGAACAAGGACUGGAAGCCGACCACAUCCUAAACUAAAAUGGACUUGUCUUUUGUAGUAGUUGUAGUAUUGCUUAGAAAUGGAAGUAGACAUAUCAUGGAAUCCGUGUAAAAGGGGGGUGGGGGUUGGGGGGUGUUGUUUGGUGCAGGUUGAAUUCUAGACCUUUUAUUUGUUCUGCUCACCUUAAACAACCUAAAUUUGCUUUAUGUUUAAUUCACAAAUGCUAUUUUAGUUAUUAUUUCUGGGCAUUCACCUAUUUGUUUUGUUGGGGUGUGGUAAAGAUAUUGCUUGCUUGUCUUCGCAAGUUGUAUCGUGGUUUAAAGCACAUGGAGUGGUAAAUAUUUAUAAUAGUAAUUUUGCAUGAGAAUAUAUAAUAAACUAAAGUUAAUCAGUUGGUGCUAAACAUUUUCUGGAGGAUUUAAAUCCAUGUUCCAUGAAAAACAAAAACAUGGGUUAAAGUAUAUCCCGUUUCAUGUCUGUAAUAAAUUUUUAGCUGUCUUUUAGAAAUGAAUCUUUCCACAACAAACAUUUGUGACAACACUAAACCAGGUGUAUAUUUAAAUUUUCUCAUAUAAUCCCAUUGCACUCAAUUAUUAUAUUUAAUAUUUGUGGAUGUUUUUUUUUUUUCUCCAGUAUUAAUACCCUUCUACUUAGGAUGUAUCUUGGCAUCAGUUUUCUGCUACAAAUCAUUUUUGGAAAUGGCAAACACUGCCUUGCCUUAUGGUUAUACAUCCUCUUAUGUUUUCAGCUAUAUUUUUAAGCUCAACACAACAGGAAAUGUUUACUUAUUCUAGAAAAACGCACAUACGAUGGUGUCUGUUUAUUGAGAAUCUUGUUGUUGAGGGAUUUUAUGUAAAUUAUUUAUGAGAACUCGUCACUGGUGUAUUGUGUUGUUAGGUGCCUCUACCAUUAUUACAUUGCAUUGUCUUAACAUUUCUUUUCCUCGUAUAAAUAAUAAAACUGUAUAUUGCAUCUAU